AUGCACGACCUCCGACUCAAGGUUCUCCGCGAGAGCGGCAAGACUGUCUCCAAGAAGGCGAGAUCGCGUCCCGAGUCCGCGCGGGGUUCCACGAGGAAUUCCCCCAAUAUCUCUCCUUCUCACUCGCAAGUGGCCUCCCCCGCGCAUUCGCGCCCGGGCAGUCGCUAUGCCUCCGAGGACGACGCCAGCGACGACGAGUACGAUGACAACAUGACCAUGAGCACAUUGUCGAACGCAACCGACUCCGGCGACGAGGGCACCGGCGGAGCAUCCGACGCAUCAUGGGCAACUCUACUGCAAGACCGCAUCGUCGAGCUCCAGGACCGCAAGCGAACCAAUACCAAGGGCCGUGAGACAACUCUCAUGUCCUACUUACACCUCGUCAAGCACCACUACGGUGGCCGCCAGAUCAGCGGCUCUCUGAACGAGAUCGUUUCCGCCCUGAUGAAGAACAUCAGGUCUGGAGGCAGCUCCGUUGAGCGCAUAUUCUCCCUAAAGUCGCUGCAGGCCACCCUGCUUACUUCGCCGUCCGAGGCACUCUUCGACGACAUCUACCCGCAACUGGAGAAGACGUGCGAAGAUGACGAGGACAAUGACGUCAAGGCCGCUGCCAUCUGGGCCAUGGCCAUCGCGACACUCUACGGCGGCGGCAGCGAAGAGGCCGCUAGCGACUUUCUCGAGUACACCGUCGCGAUCGUGGAAAGCGACGGAGAAUCCAUCAGCGCUGGCGACUGCGGCGACGUCGUCACUGCGGCACUCGAAUCAUGGGCUUUUGUCGCCAGCCAAAUCGACGACAUCACCGAGAACGUCUACACGGCCAUCGACGCCUUUGUAGAGCAGCUCGACAGCACGGACGUCGAUGUACAGACGAGCGCCGGUUUCAACAUCGCCUUCAUCUUCGAGGCUGCGAGAGACCUGGAAGAAGAGACGGGCGAGCCAAUGAACUUGCAGUACGAUCCUAAGCGGCUCAUCAGCCGCAUGCGCGAAGCAUCAAAGCCCUCGGUGAAGCAGACCUCCCGGAAGGAUCGUCGCCACCUGCGCAAGCAGUUCGCCAGCAUCGUCACCUCCCUGGAACACGGCAAGGGCCCCGGUUUCUCGACCGCCGGCCGCCCGUCGUUCAACCCGCACACCGGAGGAACCAAGGCGGAGCCUGGACGCAGAAACGACGACGAUGAUGACAUGAGCGGCUUCGGGUACCGCGAAAAGUUGAGGUUAGGAAACAAGGUCGUGCUCAUCGACUCGUGGUCUCUUAUGGCGAGGCUCGACGCGGCACGGACCGUGCUGGGCGGCGGGCUGCCGACUCACUUCAACGAGAACCCGACCGUCGAAGAGCUGCUGGAUGGCGCCGAGACGGAGGACUCAUCGACGCAGUACGCAUUGCGGCCACGGGACGCCAAGAAAAUGAGGAGAUGA